UUGUUCGUCCCAAAAUGGAACGCGUCCAUCGCGGCCUGAUUUAUCGCUCGUUGCGAAACUUUAAUGCGUUUCGGUUCGGAAGAGAACCUCUAAGGAGGGACUUCCUCCUCGAGUCCACUCUCGCGAGCCAAUGUGUACUUUGUGUCCGCCCGGAUGGCCUCGAAAGGAAUCGUUACUUCGCCGAGGAAUUAUAUCCGAGUCGUUUAUCUUCGAUUCGUGACGACGUCUCGAUUUUCAAUCGCGUAUAACUUGAGAACCCCAAUAUAAAAAGGUGGCGAUUAAGAUAAUAGACGUCGAGCAAGGCAAGAAGGACUACGUGAUGAAGAACCUGACGAGGGAGGCGAAGGUUCUGUCAAUGCUGCAGCAUCCGAGCAUCGUAAGGCUCUACGAAACUAUCCGGUGCGGAUCCGUAUACUAUCUCGUGACGGAACUCGCGACCGGCGGCGACCUGUGCACACAUAUUAAGGAGCAGCCGGCCGGUAAACUGGACGAGAACACGGCGAGGCUCUAUGCCAGACAGCUGGUCGCCGCGCUCAAGCACAUGCACUCGAAAGGAGUCGUUCACCGGGAUCUUAAAAUGGAGAAUAUCGUAUUGCAGGACGAACGUAAGGAACAGAUCAAGAUAGUGGAUUUUGGUCUCAGCAAUAUUUACGCCAGCGACGAUCCUCUGCGAACGCACUGCGGAUCUCCGGAGUAUGCUGCUCCCGAGCUCUUUGUCGUAGGUAAACGAUACGGGCCGGAAGUGGAUUUGUGGAGCCUAGGAGUCGUUUUGUAUGGAAUGACCAUCGGUCGACUUCCGUUCCUGUGUCCCCGCGACGAAUGGACGUCGUCGGAGGAACGUCGACGGAGGCUAAUGAUCCAGAUCAACAGGGGCUUGACGGCGAUUCAGGAAAAAGCCAUGUAUCAAACAUCGAUCGAAUGUAGGAAUCUGAUAAACCGCCUGCUCGUUCCAUCGGUUCGCGAGAGGAUCACAAUUCGAGAAAUUCUUCACCAUCCUUGGAUCCUCGCUACCUCGAAGAGCAAUUUUCAUUUUCACUCAGAAGACGACUUAAACGUCUCCAAUCAUGUCACGAUAGUGAACGAGAUCGCGACGGCAAUGCGAACAACCACGGCUGCUGUCGAGGCUGAAAUAAUGAGACGAAAGUACGGAGAAAUUGGCGGCAUGUAUAAUAUUAAAGAGCACAAAUUGCAGCAAGCGGCCGCUGCUGUUUAUCAUCUAGUACCGCGACUUCUUCGAAAUUCUACGUGUCGAACGGAAGACAUUUCAUCGUCGGCCACGACUAUCAGAACGGUGAAAGAUAAUUUACGAAACGGUACAUCCGGGAACUCUGACAAUACCGAUCGCAUAAUCGUCAUGCGACGCGGCCAGGUGCAAGAUCGAUCGGUCAAGAAAUCCUCAUUACACGGUUCCACGACGUGGAACUGGCGAUGCCGCUCCGGAAACGAAAAUCGCUCUUCCGAGGAACGGAGAAAUUACAGGACUCGUUACGAUACCACGGGCACGUCCUCAUCGCCCCAGCAGUGUCGUGUGCCGCAAAUUAUAAAAAAUCAAGGCGAUAAGGUUUCGGAUCGACGAUCGAACAGAGACGAGACGGGGAAAUCAAGAAAUUCUACACCUUGCAGUAUUUCCAAAAAAAUAGAGAAAAAAGGCUGUGUCUCUAGAAGCUGCAAAGCGGACUGCGAAAUAAUACCCAGCUCUUCGACUUUGCAAACCUAUUCGCGUGUUAGUAGCGAAAGCGUGCCUGCUUCGCGAAUUAAAGAGAGUUUCCAUAAAAAAAUACUUGCUCCACCGUGGCGAUGUCGAACCGGAAGCGCGAGAAUUAGAAGGGAUACGUGAAACUAAAAGCAUCUUCAAAACGAAACGUAAAAAAUAGUGGCGCUUCGUUCUCCAUGAGCGAAUGGAAAAACCGGCGAAAGUACACGUGUCUAUAUCGAGAUUGAAUGUCAAUCACGUUAAAUUGCUCGCAUGCAGUCCCUAUAUCAAGAAUCGCUCCAAAUUGGAUUCGUUUAACGACUGUCCGUUGUAAAGUUAUUUUGUAUUGUUUUUCGCGUGCAGUGAUAUGGCUAUAAUAAAAGCUCAAGUGGACGCGACAUCUUGUAACAUGUCUCGCUUAUCAGUAUAAAAAUCCUCCUGUACAACAUAUAUAUAUAUUUCGCUUAUCAGUAAAAAUCUCGAUCCUGUAA